AUGGGAUACGCACAUAACAACAAAAGAAGAAACAAAAACCUGAGCGGUUCUGAUGUUGGCCAUUAUUUAAAAGGAAAGGGUCCCCACAAGAAUUGCAAAGAAAAUAAACCAGUCGAACUGUAUGAUAAAAAUGUACCUUAUGGCGGGAUGUUCCACGCACAUAACAAUGUGCUGCUUGGAGGACAAGGCACGGGGAAUUUUUUCCGAAGGACAGACAGGAGGACAAACAAUACUUACAAUUAUGGUAGAGAGGAUGGCGCAAGGGGGACUGUUGGAGAGGUUACUUACGUCUUUUACGAGCCACUCAGAUAUCCCGCCUUUAAGAUGGCGGAUAGGCGCAGUGGGGGAGGCGCCGCAAAAAAUGGCUAUGUAGAGAAAGACGCCGCAAAUGGAGGGGCGCAGAAAAACGCCGCAAAUGGUGGUGCGCAGAAAGACGCCGCAAAUGGCGAUGCGCAGAAAGACGCCGCAAAUGGCGAUGCGCAGAAAGACGCUGCAAAAAGGAACCGACGUGAGACAUCCGAGGAGGAUAAAGGAGUACCCCCCGUGGGAGCCCCAAAUGGAGAGAGCUGUGGAGGAGCUGAGGAGGCGAGUAUGACCACUACGAACUUAACCCAUGUGGGGAAGACGAAGAAGGCAGGGGAAUGCAACUCGGGGGGGCUCCACCACGGGGCGAACGGCGAAGUGGUGGUGGUGAAGAAGCAGAGGAGUAGGGACAAGCAGGGGACGAAGAAUCAGAAGAGUAGGGACAAGCAGGGGAUGAAGAGUCAAAGGAGUAGAGACAAGCAGGGGACGAAGAGUCAGAGGAGUAGAGACAAGCAAGGGACGAAGAGUCAGAGGAGUAGAGACAAGCAGGGGACGAAGAGUCAGAGGAGUAGAGACAAGCAAGGGACGAAGAAACAAAUAGGUAGAAAUCCAAACGAAAUUACAAACGAAGUGAAAUUUAUUUUACACAUGACGAUAUUAACUCUUUACAAGGACCAAAUCAAACCUACAUACAAACAAAUUAAAGAGAGACUAGGGACGUUCCAUCAGAAUAUGGAAUUACAAAAUAAUUUUUUGGAAAUAUGCUUGUCUUUGCAAAAUGAGUACCUUGUUGUAAAGUCAAAGAGGAAUAAUAUCUUUGUUCUGUUGAGGGAGACUCCCAAAUGGUUUAGUGGCUGGAUCAAGACUCGAAGCCUUAGUCAUCUCGCUGUGCAGUUUGCCAAGCAUUUGUGCAGGAAGGGGCACUUAUUUUUCCAAAGUUCGGACACGCUGGAGGGGGCACUCGGUUUAUUUGGACAGGACAGUACCUCGCGUGGUUCGUUUGGACAGGACAAUACCUCGCAUGGCUCGUUUGCAUAUGACUCGUUUCAACAUGGCGCGAUUGCACGGUGUAGUGCCCUACAUGGUGAACCUGCUGGCAGCUCCAGGGGACUCUUCACUUUCAACCUCCUCCACGACAGCUUCUCCUACUUCUCGCACGUAAAUGACACUGUCGUGCGGCUGGUCGAUAGCUCGCUCGUCGGUCUGUAUCAGUCCAUUUUGGGCGAAGAGGAGAACAAGGCGGCGAGCAGUGGGGGGAGAAGCGGUGAGGCGGCAAGCAGUGAGACACGGAGCAGUGAAGCGGCGAGCAGUGGGACGCGGAGCAGUGGGACGAGAAUCACCGAUUCACCAAUCGCAUCGGAACCCCCCUGGGAACUAGACAGUGACAUAUACAAAGCGGCCGAGGGACUGAAAAAGAGAGAUCUCCCUUUUUUCAGCGACUACUCUGUAGGAAGAAUAGCACAUAUAGUUCAGCUCGGCCUGUACGGUGGGCUGCUGCACGAGGAGGGUCAGGUGAUCAAGCCGGCCUGCUGCUGCAGGGGCGUGGCCGCGUCGGUUUGGGGGGGCGCAGGGGUUGGCACGAGAGUUGGCACAACAGUUGGCGCAGGAGUUGGCGGCAAAAUGGGCAGGAAAAUUAACAGCCAAAUUAACAGCGAAGUGGGCGGCGAAGUGGAGAGCCCCCCGAGGGAAGAGACAGGCGGGGGAGAGAGCGAGGAGGCGUCCUUUACACGAAACUUCAAAAGGCACAUGGAAGGGGAGGACGCUAACGCGGUUUGUAGUGACGCUGACCCGGUUUGUAGUGACGCUGACCCGGUUUGUAGUGACGCGUCUUUACCCCGCCGGGAUGCUCAUUUGUCGUUUCAAAACGGAGGAGGCAGUUCCAAAGCGGGAAAGUACGAAGGAGUCGUCCCCCUAGUGCCAACCGCCGAGGAUGCUAAAGUGAAAAUCGAUCAGCUCCUAAAAGGAAGUAGAAAAAAAAUCAUAUAUUUCUGCUCAUUUAAGGAUAAAUUUUUUAAAAAUUUCGAACAAGUUUUAUGUCCUGUCCAAUUCGGCUGUCGAAGUUUAAUUGAGUUUCUUUUUUUCCACUGCCAAGAAGUGUGCAAGCUGUUCCUCCUAAAUAGAAACGUCAUUUUAGUACACCCCAGUUUUGAUGAGCAAUCUGUAAAGGACCUUGUGAGAGAGGCGAAGGAGGAGGAGGAGGAUGGAGAUGGGGAUGAGGAUGAAAACGUGAUUGAAGAGUUUAAUUACGCAGAAUACGUCUCCAACGUGACGUAUACUCAGAAGAACAGUCAGACCCAACAGGGGAGCCUUCAAGUCUGCACCGUGUUGAAGGACCUGGGGAAGAAGAAGGACAAUUUUUUUAUUACCUUUUCCUUUUGGAAAUGUGUGACGGGAAAGGGGAAGGCGCCCACGUGGUGA